AAUUAAUGUUUUAAGUCCAUCAUACAUUUAAUGAUUAAGUGUGAAAGUGGGGGUAAAGAGAAAUAAACAUGACCUAAUAUUUUUCCUUAAACAAUGGCCUAUAGAGUCAUUGUCAAAGUGACAUAGGAAUUAUAAAAAGUUUGUAUUUGUCCCACUGAGGUUGAUUUAUGGGGCACGAAGACAAUUGGCUAAUGCAUUGGUCACCAUCAAUGUAUAUAGCAAAUCAUAUCAUCAUGUGAUCUAAAAGCCAUCUUCCACUUGAAUAAUAUUCACAUGUUUGAGUUCUAUACUUUAUUUCUCUUUAGUAUGCUUUGAAAUUGUGAUUCACUUGUUUGAAUUUUUUGCAUUAUCCUUCGCAAUCUCCAUUAUCCCUGGAUGGAAAAAGUAUCCAACACUCCUUAUCAGUGAUCAAUGAGAGGCAGAUUAUUCAAAGUAUUUUAACGAUCAUUCAAGUGCACGUAGCUUUAUAUUUAGAUAACAAUUUAUGUUGAUGUAAGAUUUCACCUUAAUUAUGGACAAGGACUGUUAUACAGAUUCAUGCAUGUAAUAUCAAACAUCAUACAUUAAUCACGUGGACUAAUUAUAUAGUAGUUAGUUAAAAAAAUCCAAAUCUAAAGCUUACACGUCUGAAUCCACUGGAAUAGUAUCAACGUCGAGAGAUCUAGAAACACAUCCCUAUCUUUAGAAGGUAGAAAAAAAUAACUAAAACUACACAGUUUUUAAAUCUUACCUUUAUACCACAAUUUUAUGAUUGUAAGUAAACAAUUAAAUCUGAAUUUAUUUGAUUAAGUUCAGUAGUAUUGGGGCUAAAUCUUAAAUCAAACCUAAAAUACAUGGACCAUAUCUAAAUAUCUACCCAACAAAAAGACGAAACGAGACGUUCCUUGUUGUCAAUGUGUUUUAUAAAAGCAACCUCAAUAAACUAAACCCCAAGCAACACGAGAACCCAAGAGGCAAUAGAAGUAGAAGAAGAUGAAACUAGUUUGGUCUCCUGAGACUGCAUCUAAGGCUUACGUAGACACCGUUAAAUAUUGCGAGAAUCUUGGAACGCCUGACGCGGCAGAGCUGAUAUCGGCGAUGGCGGCCGGAUGGAACGCGAAGCUGAUCGUGGAAACUUGGUCAUACGGAGACGCUAUAGCCUCGAGUGUUGGCUUAAACGUCGCGAGCCAACACGCAAACGCCAAACACAUAUGCAUCGUACAAAACACGUUAUCAGAAUCAUCUUAUCUCCAAGCCAUCCAAGAAGCUUCGUCUCCCUUGAACUUACCAGAGACGAUCGUCGCUGAAGAACCUCAAAGCGCGAUGAAGGAGAUACAAGGAAUAGAUUUCUUGGUCGUGGACUGGCGGAACAAGGAGUUUGCAGCGGGUGCGUUGAGGAACGCUGCGUUUGGAAGCAGAGGAACUGUUGUGGUUUGUAGAAACGGGUAUUCGAGAAGUGCUUCAGGUUUUAGCUGGACAAGGGCUUUAAGAGACCGGACAAUUGUUAGAAAGGUGACUCUUCCGGUCACUGGAGGUAUUGAGAUAGCUCAUGUGGCGGCUAGGAACUCGGGGAAGACUGAGAGCAAGAAGAGAAGAUGGAUCAAACAUGUUGAUCAGAGUUCAGGAGAAGAACAUGUAUUUAGUAUUUAGAAAGUCAAGAGACAAAGAAAAAUGUGAGAAAUGUUUAUUUGGAUUAUUGUAUUUUACUUUUUGUACAUAGGAUCAUAAGAUUCCAUAGUUGAUAAUUGAUAUUGUA